GAUAUUGGAAUGUUUUUCGUGUUCGGAGUUGUGAAUGAGUGAAUGGGAUAGGUGCACGUCUUAGAUUUUGUCCAUUUGUCCACACUGGCCGGACAAUUGCGUUUGUAUUAGGCACUCUGCAUUGCAUUGUGUUUAGGGAGGCUGUGUGUCAAAUUUUGACUAGGAAACCAUCUUGUUUGUGAGCAUUUGGUCAGUAGUCUGGUAGUUGAGUGUGAUUGGCCAAUAGUGAAUAUACUUGUCGACAGGCCAUUGGUCGAUUGUUUUCUAUCGAAGGUCAUCGAAACUUCUAGUAUGUUCUACGCGCAAAGGAUUUAAGCAGGUGCACAGCUUGCAGUGGUAUUAAUUGAGUGAUUCGAUUUUCUGUGUUUGUUCGUUUUAACGUAUCUCGAAAUGCCUAACGCCAUUGGGAUCGAUCUUGGUACAACAUAUUCGUGUGUUGGUGUUUUCCAGCAUGGCAAAGUGGAGAUAAUUGCCAAUGAUCAGGGUAACAGAACGACACCGAGUUAUGUGGCGUUCACAGAUGCUGAGCGUUUAAUUGGUGAUGGAGCGAAGAACCAAGUGGCGAUUAAUCCAACAAAUACAGUGUUUGAUGCGAAGCGGCUAAUCGGUCGUCGGUUCGAUGAUCCAUCAGUGCAGAGUGAUAUGAAGCAUUGGCCAUUCGAGGUGGUUCAAGUCGGUGGGAAGCUGAAGAUUCGUGUUGAAUAUAAGGGUGAGAAGAAGUUGUUCUCCGCGGAGGAGAUUUCGUCAAUGGUGUUGACGAAAAUGAAGGAGGUUGCUGAAAGUUAUUUGGGCAGGACGGUGAGUGACGCGGUUAUAACAGUUCCUGCUUACUUCAAUGACAGUCAACGUCAAGCGACUAAAGAUGCAGGUGCUAUAGCUGGUCUUAAUGUGUUGAGAAUCAUUAACGAGCCGACAGCUGCGGCAAUUGCCUAUGGUUUAGACAAGAAGGUUGGUGGUGAGCGUAAUGUGUUGAUAUUUGAUUUGGGUGGUGGUACAUUUGAUGUGUCCAUCUUGACGAUUGAGGAUGGUAUAUUCGAGGUGAAGUCUACUGCUGGUGAUACACACUUGGGAGGUGAAGAUUUUGACAAUCGUCUAGUGGAUCACUUUGUGAAAGAGUUCCAGAAGAAAUUCGGUAAAGACAUUCGUGACAAUAAGCGUGCAUUGCGUCGCUUGAGGACAGCGUGUGAACGUGCGAAACGUACAUUGAGUUCGAGCACCCAGACAAAUCUGGAGAUUGACUCGUUGUGUGAUGGUAUUGAUUUUUACACGUCGAUUACUCGUGCACGAUUUGAGGAGUUGAAUGCCGAUCUAUUCCGUGGUACAUUGGAUCCUGUUGAGAAGGCUUUACGCGAUGCUAAGAUGGAUAAAGCCCAGAUUCACGACAUAGUGUUGGUUGGUGGUUCCACUCGUAUCCCUAAGGUGCAGAAGCUGUUGCAGGACUUCUUCAACGGGAAGGAGUUGAACAAAUCCAUUAAUCCGGAUGAAGCUGUGGCUUAUGGUGCAGCUGUGCAGGCAGCCAUUCUAAGUGGUGACAAGUGUGAGGCUGUGCAGGACUUGCUGUUGCUUGACGUGGCUCCACUGUCACUGGGUCUUGAAACGGCUGGAGGUGUGAUGACGGCUCUGAUUAAGCGUAACACGACAAUUCCGACGAAGCAGACUCAAACGUUCACGACGUACUCGGACAACCAGCCUGGUGUGCUUAUUCAGGUGUUCGAGGGUGAGCGUGCUCUGACGAAGGACAACAAUCUGCUUGGCAAGUUCGAACUCUCAGGUAUCCCACCUGCUCCUCGUGGUACUCCCCAGAUUGAGGUGACGUUUGAUAUAGACGCGAACGGUAUUCUGAACGUAUCUGCUGUUGACAAGGGUACAGGGAAACAGAACAAGAUAACGAUCACAAAUGACAAGGGUCGUUUGACGAAGGAGGAGAUUGAACGGAUGGUAGCUGAUGCGGACAAGUACAAGGCUGAGGAUGAGAAGCAGAGAGAUCGUGUUUCUGCGAAGAACUCGCUUGAGAGUUAUGUGUACACAAUGAAACAGCAAGUGGAGGGUGAGCUUAAAGAAAAGAUAUCUGAAAGUGAUCGUCAAGUGAUAUUAAGUAAGUGUGAGGAUACAAUUGGUUGGUUGGACCUCCAUCAGUUGGCGGAGAAGCAUGAGUAUGAAAAUAAGCGGGAGGAGUUGGAGAAGGUCUGUGCGCCGAUAAUUACGAAGGUGUACCAGGCUGGUGGUAUGCCAGGAGGCAUGCAUGAAGCAGGUGGUGCUAGUGGUGGAAGUGGUAAGGGACCAACCAUUGAGGAGGUCGACUAACCUGUAAUUGUUGUGAUUAAUUAUUUAGUACUUGAAUGAAUUUAGAUUUUAUCCGUAACG